GAAAUCAGGCCCAGCCAACUCUUCAUCCCUGCCUGACUUCCUCCCAGCACAUUCCUGUACUCCACCUGCAUCCACACUGCCCAGAAGACCCAGACCCGGUGCCCAGAGCCCACCGUGGCCCCACUGUAAGCCCCUCUGGCUGGGUCUUGCCACGGUGACAGCAGGUGGCCCUGGGCUGGGGUCUGGGGGCUCCCUACAGGGUUGGCAGCCCUGCAACCUCAGAGACCACCCGAGUGUUGCCUCUGUCCCCAGCCUUGCUGGUCCAUGGUCCCACUGGCUCCCCAGAUGCCUGGCUGAGACCCAGCAGUGGCCCAAGCUGUCCCUGCCACCUCCUGGCCCCCAAGGUUGCCACUGCAGCAGGCAACAACUUGGGCACCAGGCAGCUAACAGGCACCAGUGACCUUGCAAUCUUGGUCCUGCACCCUCAGAAGCCCCCGUGUCUCCGCAUGCUGCCCAGUCUCCCUCCCUGUGCCGACCCCAGAGCCUGGACGCGGCCGCCAGCCUGAGCAGCAGCGGCAUGGGCAGCGCCAGCCCCAGCCUGAGCAGCCUGCCCCCCAGCCGCCUCCUGCUAUCCCCCAGCGCUGUGUUUCGGACAGGCCCAGAGAAGGUGGCGGCCGCCGUGGUCAGGCCCGAGAGACAGGACUGGAGCCCCAGCCCACCCACCACACCCGAACAGGGUCUGUCUGCCUUCUACCUCUCCUACUUGGACAUGCUGUACCCCGAGGACAGCCACUGGGCCGCCAAGGGCCCCGGGGUCAGCACGCAGGACAAGCCACCUGAGGAGCCCGAGCAGUGCCCGGUCAUCGACAGCCAAGCCCCGGGGGGCAGCCUGGACUUGGUUCCAGGCGGGCUGGCCUUGGAGGAGCACUCGCUGGAGCAGGUGCAGUCCAUGGUGGUGGGCGAGGUGCUCAAGGACAUUGAGACGGCCUGCAAGUUGCUCAACAUCACCGCAGACCCCAUGGACUGGAGUCCUGGCAACGUGCAGAAGUGGCUCCUGUGGACGGAGCACCAGUACCGGCUGCCCCCCGUGGGCAAGGCCUUCCAGGAGCUGGGGGGCAAGGAGCUGUGCGCCAUGUCAGAGGAGCAGUUUCGCCAGCGCUCACCCCUGGGCGGGGACGUGCUGCACGCCCACCUGGACAUCUGGAAAUCAGCCGCCUGGAUGAAAGAGAGGACUUCCCCUGGGACAAUUCACUUCUGCGCCUCCACCAGCGAGGAGAGCUGGACGGACAGCGAAGUGGACUCAUCCUGCUCUGGGCAGCCCAUCCACCUGUGGCAGUUCCUCAAGGAGCUGCUGCUCAAGCCCCACAGCUACGGCCGCUUCAUCCGGUGGCUCAACAAGGAAAAGGGCAUCUUCAAAAUUGAGGACUCCGCCCAGGUGGCCCGGCUGUGGGGCAUCCGAAAGAACCGCCCCGCCAUGAACUACGACAAGCUGAGCCGCUCCAUCCGCCAGUAUUACAAGAAGGGCAUCAUCCGGAAGCCGGACAUCUCCCAGCGCCUUGUCUACCAAUUCGUGCACCCCAUCUGAGGGCUUCGGGUCAGGCCCAGGGCUUGAACUCAUCCUUCCCCGACCUCCCUCCUGCCUGCCCCUGUCCGGGCCAGACCCUGAGCUGGGGGAGAGGCAGUGCGCUGGCAUUCGGAGUCCAGGGUCAGGGAGGGGAUGGCCCAGUGCUCCCAGGAGUGUAGUGAGCUCUCUGGGGCCCGAGGGACCCUGGGUGAGGAUGCUUCCUCCUCAGGCCUGACUGUUCACACCCCGCCCACUGCGGGAUGAAGGGAGACAGGGCUGUGUUCAGUGUUCACAGCUCCCCAGGGAAGGCACUCCCUCCACACCAGCCUCUGAUCUCAGCAUUUCUAGAGCGGACCUAACAGAAUGGCAGUGACUUGUCCAGGGCCACUCAUAGUCCAGCGCUCUCCUCCACUCACACUCUGCACCGCACCUGGCAUGGUGCCAGGAGAUGUCUGCAUCCCUGAGUUGGGGAGCCAGGGGUGUCUCUGGGAACGGGUAAUAAAGAUACUAGAAGACUGACAUGG